AUGUCGAAGAACGUUAAUGAUGGCGAUGUCGCCGCUGCUCCUGCAGCUGAGCACGCUGACCACAUAGACAACAUCACUCCUGUCAAGGAAGCCGAUAAAGCAGCUCUGUUCCUUAAGGAAAUGUCCGUAACUGGACCGAUAAUUUUCACGCCCGAGGAAGAACAGGCCGUUCUCCGAAAGAUCGACUGGAGAAUCCUGCCCCUCAUCCUCAUAGCAUAUUUCUUCCAGCAACUCGACAAGUCUACUCUUUCGUACUCGUCUGUUUUUGACAUGACCACCGACGCCAAUCUCCACGGGACACAGUUUUCAUGGCUUGGUUCGUCUCUAUACCUUGCCCAGCUGGUCGCCCAGCCUCUUGCUGCCUUGACGCUUGUCAAGUUGCCUACUGGAAAGGUCAUCGCGGGUGCUAUCUUCCUCUGGGGUUCGUCCCUUUGUAUAAUGAGUGCUUGCACGACUUUCAAGACGCUUCUGGUUAUGCGAUUGUUUUUGGGAACCUUCGAGUCUCUUAUUGCUCCCUCUCUUAUUGCUGUUACACAGAUGUGGUGGAAGAGAAAUGAACAGACUCUGCGUACCUCGUACUGGAGUGGUAUGAACGGAUUGACGUUCAUAAUCGGCAGUCUCUUCACAUUCGGACUUGGUCACAUCCAGAGCAGCACUCUCUUCUCUUACCAGAUAAUCUUCCUCUUCUGCGGCCUUCUUACCGUCGCCUACUCAAUCCCCGUUUACUUCCUCAUGCCCGACUCCCCGAUGGAAGCCAAGUUUCUUAGCGAUAGAGAAAAGGUUGUCACUAUCGAAAGACUCCGAUCAAAUCAAAUGGGUAUUGUUUCCCGGCAAUGGAAGUGGGAGCAUGUGAAGGAAUCCAUUCUUGAUCUCAAGACCUGGUGCUGGUUCUUCCUCGUCAUCACCAUUUCCAUCCCCAGUGGUGGUAUUAGCACUUUCGGAUCACUCAUCGUCAAGUCCUUUGGUUACAACAAGUUCCAGACCAUCCUCUUCAACAUACCCUUCGGAGCAGUCCAGAUGUGCGCCAUUAUUGGGUCCGGCUGGCUCGCCACCAAACUUGGCCGUAAGGGUCCUAUCAUUAUGCUUCUUUGCAUUACUCCCAUCAUCUCCGUCUACCCCGGAAUCACGCCCCUGAUCUUUGCUUGGGAGGCCCAAAAUACCGCUGGUGAUACCAAGAGAAAGGUCACCACUGGUGUCAUGUUCGUUGGCCUAUGUACUGGCAAUGUGAUUGGACCUCUCCUCUACAGUACUGACCAAGCUCCCCUUUACCGCAAAGGCCUCAUUUCCAACUUGUGCAUGUUUAUCCUUGUCAUAAUUCUUACGGCUAUCGUAACCCUCUAUCUUUUGUUCCUCAAUAAGUCCCACGCCCGCAGGCGCUUAGCUCUGGGCAAGUCAGAGGUUAUUGUCGAUCGAUCCAUGCUUCAGAGUUCUGUUGCCGCUGAGCUCGACAAUAAUGAAGAAAUGGUGGCACAUGAUCAUGACUUUGAGGAUAUGACAGACCUCAAGAAUGAGGAUUUUAUCUUUGUGUAUUAA